GAGGUCGUAAUAAAAUUGAUCUUUUUGGACAGUGCAGGCUGUGUGUGGAUAAAGGUUAUGAAAUACUUUUUUGAGCAUCAUGAAAACAUCUGUGUGAUGUGCAUUUUUUAUGUUACUUUUCAAGUAAUAUUUUUGGAAUAUGAAGACUAUAUUUUUUCUGAAAUGGAAAGGCAAUAUACUUAAAAUUUUCAGAUUAUGUACAUGUGAAAAUUUGUAUAGAGUUUUUUUUUUUCUUAAAAGACAGUUUUUCUUUAGGAAUUGCUCUAAAGAGAUCUGAUUUUUUGUUUUCAUCUAAAUUUGGCAAAUGUAGAGAAAAGCUUAUUUUUCUUUUGUAAAAUCUUCUGGGAAUUUAUUUGGAUGUAUACUGAAUGUCAGUGAAACUUGGUGAGUCUGAAUAGUUUGGUUAUUCUAAACAACCAGUGAAUUAAUUGUGUGUGAAAAAAAAGGAUUAAAAAAAUCCUAUUUGUAACUUACAAUUCUAGGAGAAACUCUGGCAUAUAACCUAAAAUCUAGAGGAUUAAAUUAUUAUAUAAAUAACAUAGCCCAGAAAAAAAGCAGGCAGAGAUUAAGUAAUAUAUUCCUGGCUUUACAUCUAAAGUAAAAAGCUAUGUAUACACCAAAUAUAUUUUAUCUACUGUUUCUUUAAUGAAGUUCUUGUAUUCCAUAAAUUUCUUGAUUAGCUUCCCUUAGUAUUUUUUUGUUCCUGUGGCUGACUCUGAGAUGAUGUUUAGAACCAGGCUAAUUUCAGUCUUAAAGUAGACUAAUAUUACUGUGUCAUUAAUCUGAUUUUUUCAAUUGCCAUAGCUGGUUAGCAUGGGAUUUAGAGAUUGAUUUGAGUCAUUGCAGUAAACUCAUGAUAAUCUUUACCCUUUUUAAAUUUGUUUGAGUUUGAGGAAGUUAAAUCACAGUAGUAGUGCUUACAAACCUGUCUCAGACUAUACUAUCUGAAUUUCCAGGGAAAAAAAAAAGAGAUGCAAGAAAAUUUACUUUUCCCUUACUGUACUUAAUAGCUAAAGUAACUUAAAGGCUGAAAGAAAUAAGGUAGAAACAAGAAGAGAAGUAAAAUAUUUGAAAUGAGAAAACAGGACAUAAAAUAUGAAGUAAAUAAGCAAAGAAAAGAGAAAUUAAGCCUAAGGUAUAGAAAUAUCUAGAUUUGUAUUUUCUGUUGAAUUCUGGCACAGAGAAAAUAAUUUUUUUUGUGGAAGUCAAUUGAUGGUAUUUUAUCAUUAUUUCCUUUUUCAAUUGUGAGGCAUUAUGAAGAACGCAGAAUUUUUCUGGAGUCUUUCAGUGUGAUCAAGUAUUUUGUUUGUCAUGUGACAUCUCUGUUGUUUAUUCUGGUUUGAAAAGGUAUGGUUUAACUCUGACAUAUGCAUUACAAUUGUAUUUUGGAUGAUUUAGACUGCUUUGGAGAAAAUCUCACUAUUGUCUCCCCUUAACACUUGCUUGGCUCAGUGUGUUUGAACUACAUUCAUUUCUCAGAAAUCUAGUCUCUGAGUUCUGCUGUAGGUGCAGAGUGCUCUUCUAUCUCUACUGGGGACAUGGAGUUCUGCAUCCAUCAUGAAAUUCCUGGGAAAAUUUGAAUGGUCCAUGUGACAGUGAUGUUUGCUUCUGGAGACUAGAUGAAUUCUAAUCCAAAAUAAACGCUCUUGAACAGCUAGCAUAGGAGUGUCAGCACCAGCUGCUUUGAUCUACUGAUCCAUUUGUACGGUUUCAGAUUACUUUCUAAUGGGGACAGAGCCAUAGUUGUUCACUUCGGUUAUAGGUCAGUAGAUGAGGGCAGUGAACCUCUAAGAUAUGUACCUAUGCUACAAGUCCAGCCAUAAGUUUGGCUGCUGAUUGAGAAAAACUUUUAAGUGCCAGGAAUACUUAUUUUCAAUUUUACUAAUAUAAACCAUUGAUGAAGCACAUAAAUACUACAAAUGACAGUGGUUCAAAUGACUAAAUCGUAGCUGCCUUUUGUAAUUCUGAUGGAUUAGUUUGGGUUUUUUUCCAUGCUUACAUUAUUAAAUUGUUUAACAGAGGAGUCUUCUGAUUUAUUUCAUUUUAUGACUUUUUUCAAGUAUUCGAAAAUAUGUAUGCUUCCCACCCCAUAUGUUUUGCAGGAGCUGCUCAUCUGCAUUGAUAAAACCCCAAGGCCAGUGGUUUAUGGCAGUCAUUAAGUAAGAGCAAGACAAAAAAUGAAAAAGGGAUGGUCUUUGCAGGCUUUUGCAGUUAUUAUCCUUUUUUGUGGCUUAGCUGUCAUGAGUCAUGACAGACCUUUUUUUUUUCCUGCCUGGAAUGAAUUCCUCAGUUGUUAAGGUGUUGAAAAUCUAAGUAAUAUUUAGGUGCUGGUGUUAAAUCAUUUAAUCUUGAAAUAGCAGUUGAAAGAAUACUCUCCAUCUGCCCUGUUUAAUUUUAAGUUCAGAGUUUCCCAAGAAUAUUGCAUACUUAACUGUAGUAUAAUAUCCCACAUAUGUAAGCCAGUAAUUAAGACUAAAUUCAGCUAUGUUUCUUGUUUAUUACAUCUUUGCAGAAUAUCUACCUUGGCUGUCAGCAAUUUUUCUAAAAAAAUUCCAACAUUUAAUUAAGAUCUCUGUUGACAGGGAUGUUUAAACCUACAGUCUUUUAACAUAAUUAUUAAAAUCCACCCAAAACUAUUAAGCAUGUAACAGCAUAAGCAGCAGCAGCAUUUUAAAACUGAAAAAAAUAACUGGCUUUAAUAAAAACAAUAAAGCUAUUGCUGUAUUAUUUAAUUUGUUCAAAAUUGAGAUGUAAGCCUCAAUUUAACAUGAAGAAAAAAGUUGAGAGUCAAAGUGUGAGUUGUAAGCCUGUAAGCUCUGAAGACUCCUCAUUAUUUUAAGUAAUCUGGCCUUAAGAAUAUUUCACUGUUAUGUUGAAGUGCUCUGUUUGUGUAUUUUUAAUGUGUUUUGUAUAAAUAAACUGUUUCAAACUUUAAUGUGUGCUUAAAUACAAUACAGAUGUUUUCAUUCCCUGUUAGUAUAUGGUUUGAAUGUAAAAUUAAUGUUAAUUUCAGGAUUUCCUCUGCAUAUUGAUAACUUUGGUAUCCCAUUCGUCAAUACCAGUGUUUUAUAGGCCACUAGGUCUAUUAAACAAUUCUUGCAAUGUGUUGAGCAGAAGGGAAUUAAAUAAAACCUGAUUGUAAUUUUGGGAACUCUCCUUAAUGCUGGGAUUUUGAGAGUGCAGAGAAGUCUUUGAGGGGCCGGAAAUAAGCACUCAGAAAUGUGUCUUAGUACAUAGAAAUAUAUGUGGUCUGAUCGUUCUAUGAAAGAAAAACUUGAGAAUUGUAGAAGAUAAAAAUUUAAAAAUUGAGGCAGAUUAAAGUGAUUCAGGUGUGGCAAAUGUGGUCCUAAGUAGUUGAUAUGACUUUUUUGUUGAGUAUGACAAAUGUUAAAAAGGACUAAUAGUUCUCACAGCAGUAACUUUGAGGAAUCAUUUGAAACUUUGUAGGGUUUAUAUGGGGUGCCAGGAUAGAAUCUGAAUUUCCAGAAUACAAAAAUGAAUUUGUGAUGUUUUCCCCACCCUUAACCUAAUCUUUAAAAUUCUUAUCUUAAAUAUUCUAGCUGCAAAGUUUAUAGGAACUUGGUGUAGAAUUUCCUGAUAUAUUUUGUCUUUCAGUCAAUAUCUUGAUCUUAAAAGAUUUUUGAAAGAAUGGGAGACACAUGACAGAAUUUUGCUGUGAGCAUUGAAUUAGUCUGCAUUCUGAAAUGCAGACUAAUGCAUCUGAAAGCCUUCAUUAUAAAAAUUCCCAGUGCCUGUAGUGUAAUGUUCUCAUCAUAAUUAAUCAAUGAUGUGUAAUUUACAAUUAAAUUAACUGGAGCCAAUAUUUUGGAGAUGAUACUGAUAUAUGAGAAAAAAGAAAUUUUUGUCUUUUGCUGUUUCAGCUUAGCACAAGCUCUGAAAGAGGAGGGAGUGCAUGCUUCUACUGCUCAGGAGAAUAAAGAAAAAUUCGGAAUUUAUUUUCUGCGGAAGAGGAUACAUCUAACUCCACAUUGUUCUUCACAGAAACCAGGUUUCAUCCCUAAAUCACAUACUUUAACAAGUCCCAAAGUGUAAAAGGCAAGCGUACAAAUGUCUACCACAAGACUAAAGUGUGAUAUGUUAUGUUUUUUACCAUAAGCACCCAUAAAAUGAGCUCCAUUGCAGACAGAAAUGACGGAAGCAUUUUUGAUGGGCUGGUGGAAGAAGAUGACAAAGAUAAAGCAAAAAGAGUGUCUAGAAACAAGUCCGAAAAGAAACGUCGAGAUCAGUUUAAUGUGCUUAUCAAAGAGUUGGGUUCCAUGCUUCCAGGUAAUGCUCGGAAGAUGGAUAAAUCCACUGUGCUGCAGAAGAGCAUUGACUUUUUACGGAAGCACAAAGAAAUUACUGCACAAUCAGAUGCCAGUGAAAUUCGUCAGGACUGGAAACCGACAUUCCUUAGUAACGAAGAGUUCACACAGUUAAUGUUAGAGGCUCUUGAUGGUUUUUUUUUAGCAAUUAUGACAGAUGGAAAUAUAAUAUAUGUGUCUGAAAGUAUAACUCCCUUACUUGAACAUUUGCCAUCUGAUCUUGUGGAUCAGAGUGUAUUUAAUUUUAUCCCAGAGGGGGAACAUUCAGAAAUUUAUAAAAUAUUGUCUUCUCAUCUGCUGGAAAGUGAUUCCUUGACACCGGAAUACUUAAAAUCAAAAAAUCAGCUAGAAUUCUGUUGCCAUAUGCUGCGAGGAACAAUAGAUCCAAAAGAGCAACCUACAUAUGAAUAUGUAAAAUUUAUAGGAAAUUUCAAAUGUUUGAAUCAUGUUCCCAACUCAGCGCACAAUGGUUUUGAAGGAACUAUUCAGAGAUCACACCGGCCUUCAUAUGAAGAGAAAGUUUGCUUUGUAGCCACAGUUAGAUUAGCUACACCUCAAUUUAUCAAGGAAAUGUGCACUGUUGAAGAACCCAAUGAAGAGUUCACAUCUAGGCACAGCUUAGAAUGGAAGUUCCUAUUCUUGGAUCACAGGGCACCUCCCAUAAUAGGUUAUCUUCCAUUUGAAGUUUUGGGAACAUCAGGCUAUGAUUAUUAUCAUGUGGAUGAUCUAGAUAAUCUGGCAAAAUGUCAUGAGCAUUUAAUGCAAUAUGGGAAAGGGAAGUCAUGUUACUACAGAUUCCUUACAAAGGGACAACAGUGGAUUUGGCUGCAAACUCAUUACUAUAUCACGUAUCACCAGUGGAAUUCCAGGCCAGAGUUUAUUGUCUGUACGCACACUGUUGUAAGUUAUGCAGAAGUUAGAGCAGAAAGACGACGAGAACUUGGUAUUGAGGAAUCUCUUCCAGAGAUAACAGCAGAUAAGAGUCAGGACUCUGGGUCUGACAAUCACAUAAACACAGUGAGUCUCAAAGAAGCACUGGAAAGGUUUGAUACCAGCCCCACACCUUCUGCUUCCUCCAGGAGUUCGAGAAAAUCUUCACAUACUGCAGUAUCGGAUCAUUCAUCAACACCAACUAAAAUGACAGUGGACACUAGCACUCCUCCAAGGCAAGGCUUAUCUGGUCAUGAAAAGACUGCGCAAAGAAGAUCAUCUCUGAGCAGUCAGUCUUUAAGCUCACAGUCUCUUGGACAACCAGUAACACAGCCAGCAAUAUCUCAGCCUGCAACUCUGCAGCUCCAGUCUGGAAUGACUCAGCCUGUGUUUCAGUUUUCAGCUCAGUUAGGAGCUAUGCAACAUCUUAAGGACCAGCUAGAGCAAAGAACACGCAUGAUAGAGGCAAAUAUUCAUCGGCAGCAGGAAGAGUUGCGUAAGAUUCAAGAGCAGCUUCAAAUUGUUCAUGGUCAAGGACUCCAGAUGUUCUUGCAGCAGUCAGCUUCUGGACUCAACUUUGGUUCUGUGCAGCUUCCUUCUGGAAAUUCUUCAACUGUUCAGCAGCUUACACCAAUAAACAUGCAAGGUCAAGUUGUUCAGACUAAUCAGACUCAAAGUGGGAUGAACACAGGCCAUAUAAAUACUCCACACAUGAUACAGCAGCAGCAGCCUUUGCAGAGUACUGCAACACAGCAUAAUCAACAAAAUGUGCUUAGUGGACACAAUCAGCAGUCUUCUCUUGCCAGCCAGUCACAGAACACAGUCUCGGCACCUUUGUACAACACUAUGGUGAUUUCUCAGCCAACAGCAGGAAAUGUGGUGCAGGUUCCCUCUAGCUUAUCACAGAACAACAACCAGAAUGCUGCUGCAGUAACCACUUUUACACAGGACAGACAAAUCAGAUUUUCUCAAGGUCAGCAACUUGUAACAAAACUUGUCACGGCCCCAGUAGCAUGUGGAGCGGUAAUGGUACCAAGUACUAUGUUUAUGGGACAGGUGGUGACAGCUUAUCCCACUUUUGCUGCCCAACAGCAGCAGACACAGACUUUGUCAAUAACACAACAACAGCAACAGCAGCAGCAGCAGCAGCAACAACAGCAAAGUCAGCAGGACCAUCAGCAGCAGCUCACCACAGUACAACAGCCAGCUCAGUCACAGCUGACCCAGCACCCUCAGCAGUUCCUACAGACAUCCAGGUUACUUCAUGGAAAUCAGUCGGCUCAGCUUAUUCUCUCUGCUGCUUUCCCACUACAACAAAGCACUUUCACUCAGUCCCACCACCAGCAGCAUCAGUCUCAGCAGCAGCAGCUGUCACGACACAGAACUGACAAGAUGACUGAUCCUUCCAAAGUUCAGCCACAGUAGUGUGGGUGCAGCCUCUUUUUGAAGCAAACUGCCAGGAGGGGCUGCCCCACAGACACUUGCACUGAAGCUACAGAGGUAACAGUACGAAGGCUUUCUACCACCAUGGUGUUGAGAUCUCCUUUUAACUUCUGGAAUCUGUUAAGAAAAGCCACAAGAUGAUGAUGGGGACAUGGCCAACUUUGAGAGUUGCCCCAGUUUCUGUGUUCUAAAGGAUUUGCUGCCAUGUUGUAAUUUGUCCAGGUGAAAUCUCCAGAUGUGACUGAAAUGAGAGUGAUGCUGAAAAUAUUGGUAUUUUUAUCAAUUCUGUACAUUUUUAAAGUAUUAAAACGGACAUGGAGCAAUUGUUUUGAAUUAGCAGGAAAAAAUGCCAGAAAUAUAGUCCAAAAACCAUCUAAUUUUUUUUCAGAUGAUUACAGGACAGUAAAUAUUUUGAAAAUGUUGUGUGAAAUCCAGUUCUCUGUUGUACAGAUGCUGUAAAAUAUUGUGUAUAUGUCUGCAUAAAAGAGAAAGAGCAAAAUAUUUUAUAUGAUGCAUGAAAAUGUAAUCUGUUAUUUGUAGGUUUGAAUAUGUUUCCCUAAAUUCUCACGCCAUACUCAGACUAAUGUUUUCCUCUGUUCUACCCUUUUGUUUACAACAUGAUGCAUCAUUAUUUUCACCCUUAAUGUGGGCACAAGUCUCUUGUUUGUGCUUUGUCUGUGAUGUCAGGAUUUGUUCGGUGAGGUAUAGUGUGUUGGUUAGUUGACUGCUUGAAGUUAAAUUAUUGAUGAAGCUGUUUGAACUGGUGAUCAUGCAUCAGGGUUCAGGACAUUCAGAUUCAUAAAUAUCAUCCAUCAUUUCAUAAUGAAUUCAUAAUUUUAUUUGAAAAAUAGGAAUUUGCACUGCUUUCUUGCGGAUGGUUUGGAAUUUUAUUCCCCAAAGCUAUCUUUUGAUAUAGUUCAUAGUUGGAAAUAUUUAUGUAAAAGGUUUAAAAAAAAUGACAGUAAUUUUCAAGAAUGUUUCAGUUAUAGGAGUAAUUUGCACAAAAAUAUAUUUACAUUUAAUAACCUUUUGGGCACUUUUUAACCACUUUCUCUGUGGUGAGAAUUGUAACUUGUUAAACCAUGUUGGAAUCUUUUUAUUCUCCUUCAAAAAUUAGUCAGAACUAAUUCAGGGUCAUUUUAACAACAACAACAAAACCCAUAGUGCCUUGAUUUUAAUUCAGGUGAUAAUGUUGAACAUCUUGAAUUACAAUGUCUUGAAUCUGUAACCAUUUUCAAUUUUGAAGUCUUAGCACAUUGUCAACCAAACUUGUGUAUCUACUUCAUAGAUAUUUCUGUAUUGUGUUAAUUUUAAGUGGUCUGAGUUGAGACCAUGAAUAUUUUUGACUGGUACUCCCCCUCAGACAGUAGCCAGAAAUAUAGGAGUCUCAAAAAUCUCAGAUCUUUAAGGUAAUACUCUUAAAAAAAAAAAAAUAAAAAAAAAAAAAUGCAGCAAACCUUAAAAGACAGGACUCCUUUUGCAGAAGGAAGAAUAAUGAGCUGAUUUUUUCUUUUUUUAAUAAUUUUUGGAAGCAUGGGGGAGAUCAUGAUUGCAUUUAACACUACCAGGUAUUGAUUUAAGAGCUAUCACUGAACUAAGACUUCAGAAGGCAACUUCACUUUAUAAAGAAAAUAAAAAGUUCCAACAGAUAUGUGCUAUUUAAGUAAAUGUUGGUAGGUUUUUAUGGUACUAGUUUGUGGAAACCAGAACUUCGGAGGAAAAUUAAUAAAUGCUGAUAGAUCUGAUAAUUAAUUAAAAACAAAAACCAGUAAAAGCAGUUAAAACUAGUGCUAGGGAGAGAAAGCUGGAUUAAUCUUGAAUUCUAAGGAGGAGUUGAAUGAAUGUAACCAAAUGGUGAUGGUCUAUUUUGUACUAUGGAACAGUUUGAUUGUAUUACUGGAUGAACCAAACCUGCAGGAGGUAAUACCAGUUUAGCCAAGCCUUUGAUGUCGUUGGUUACGUUUUGGGGCAAGCCUUCGCCUCUGCACGUGUCCCAGCAUUAGACCUUUGUUAUUCCCCAGUCAUAAAGCAAAUGUUUGGCACCAAAAAGCCAAGCAGUGAAGAAGGAGAGUGUGAGAAACACAGUACCAAAGAGAAUCAGAUUGCUCUCUGCUCCAAGAAGCCUAUGGCAACUUGGAGCAAGGAACAGAUGCCAAUACCAAACAUAGCAAGAAACACUUUCCCUUCUUUAAAGGGAAUUCUGGCAUUCUUCAGACUGGGAUAAUUGUCAGAGACCUGUUUCUGUAAAGUUCUAUGUAAAGAAAUCCUGCCUUGCUCUGCUAUCCCUGCCACUCCAUUCCACCUGUUUCUAUAUGAAGCUGCAUUGACUUAGAGGUCUGUGCUAUCACUUCUUUGCCUAAUGGAAGAUAGGUUAGAUACAGAUUUCUUUAACCAAUUACAAUAAAAAUAUAGCUCUAAAAAAGAAAACUGGGAGAGCUUUAAUAGUGCUGUUAGAACUACUGAAUAGUGGUAAAAUAGGUAUAUUAAGCUAUUAUACUGAGAAUUACAGAAAUUAGAGAUUCCAGCCAGACAGUUAAUGAUGCAGCUUUUAUAUAAAGCUUCAUUUCUCUUCCCAUUCUCCCCUCCCCAAAUACUCUAGUGUGCUGCUAUAGGUCUGUCAGUAAAAAGGCUAAACUAGGAGAGAGAAAUUAGAUGGUGGUAGCGUGGCUGCUGAAAGAGAAUAUAGAAGCGUAUGCUUUGAUCAAGAAACUUUUUGUAGCCUCAGAGGGAGGUCAUUCAAUUACAGAACUACCAGUUAGUAGAGAAAGGAUAGAAGAUGGAGAAGUUCUAAGGAACUGGAAAACAACAGCACACAUUUGAAGAAUUCCUGAAAUGAAUCAGGCAAACUCUGCUAAGGCAAGUGUGUAGAACUUGGCCCAGGUUGUGUGCAAGUAUGGAGAUGCUUUGUUCACAAGCAGUGACUAAAAAGUAUAUAUUUAACAGGUCUGCAGCUUCCCUUGUUGCUGAAUCAAUUGCUGAACUGUCCUUGAGUUUUAGUGAUAAGAGGACCAGGCUGUUGCCCCUUUCUUAAUCAGCCUUUUGCUUCUGCCUGACUCAUUUACUACAGACUUACUUGCAACAUCCUCAUAAAUAGCACGACAGUGAAUGCCGUGAUGCUGCAGGUUCUGGAGCAGAAAUGUUGCAGAACGACUCUGACAGAAGGGAAGGAGUCUGUUAAGGGGAGGAUUGUAUUUGUGAAGAAAUGGGCUGGUGAUACUUCAUGGAGUGAAAAGGACGGCAUUUGCACAGAGUUUAGGAGACAGACGUUGACUGCAAUGGGUGAGGCUUUGAAGAAAAGUGUCUGGGAUAACUUCAGAGAGAAAAAAGAAUAUAGCUAUUUUUAUAUUAUAUUUAAUAUAUAUUAUAUUUGUAUAUAAAUAUGAAACGAUUCUAGUAGGAGCUCUCCAUAUGCCUUCCACUUCAUCUAGAAGGUUUACCUUCUGCACUACGGUUCCAGUGUGUCACCACCUUCUGUGGGCAUCUUGCCUACUGCCAAACACCAAAAUUAGUAACCCAGCAUCCUUACAAAAAAAUAGGUUUCAUUUCAGCUUUAUGUAAAAAUGAAUAAAGUAAAGAUAUAUCAGGCAGUUUUUCACAGGAAAAAGAAAUUAUCUUAAGACUUAAAUAGCACUUUCUCUUUUUGUUUUUAGGUUGUUUUUUUUUUGAGUAAUAACAAGCACUUUACUGAAAAGACUAUUUGAAAAACAGUUUAUUUCUUUAGUCAGUGAAACUGUUAAAAAAGGGGGCGCAUUGAGGAAUAACAGAUGAAAAUGUCAAAAGAGACAUUUCUGGAAAAUGUUUCUUUAUUAUGGUGAUCCUUUGAGGUUUAAAGUGCAGGAUUAAAAAGGCUUCUAAAACCAGUUGCCUUUGUGUUUUAUAUGGCCAGGGGAAGGGAUUAGGGAUGAUAGCCUCCUUGGAAGGAGGCUUUUUAAGUUGCACAGUUGCCUAUGAGAGAGAUCAUCUGGAGGCUCAUUUGCCUGCUCAAUAAUUCUAAGUGUCCCUUAGGAUUAUAAAUUAUGUUAAAAUGUUCUGAAGGUUUAAAGAUGUGGCCUUUUUCAAAUGUUAAAGUCGAUUCAAGAAUCAUUUAUAUUUUCAGAGAUUUAACCCAGGUAUUGUUAUGAGUGUUUUAAAUGUCACGGCAUCAGGAGAUGUUAAACAUGUCAGAUUCAUAAGCUUCUCUAUUUGAAAUAAUUAUUAAAAUUAGAUGUACAGUCAGAGGGCUGGAAAAUGGUUAUUUUGAUUAAAAGGGAAAAGAGACUAGUUUUAAUAAUUAACCUUUUAUUUUUUUACUUAUCCCUGGUGGAAAAAAUUGAAGAGAAUGAAAUGGAUUUGGAUUAAAAAAGACAUAUUUAAACAAAUCAUAGUAGAUGAGACAACUGUGAGAGAACAUUUGAAAUUGUCUUGGUUGUCCAUGAGACUGGGUAGUUGCUUUUUCACUACCAUGAUUUUUAACACUACAUUCCUUGUCUUUUUCUUUUUUUGUCUUUUUUAAACAGGUGAUUUUAAACUCUGCGAUACUUCAUGCUAUGCCAUCUGCAUGAAUUUUGCCAGCAUGAUAUGCUAUAUUAAAAGAAAGUAUACCUAAAUAAAAAGGAAGGGGGGGGAAAAAACACUGUGUCUGAAAAAAUACUUUAUGGCCUAAUAACAGAGAACCCAGCUAUGACUGAGAGAUGCUGCAUUAAUAGACAAUCAAUCAAUGGGUAAUUAUUUAUGAAACACUUUUGGGAAUGGUCUUAAAGAUGUAACUGCUUUGAAAGCAGUUGGUGAGUUGUCUUUUUCUAACAAGAAAGGUAAAAAAUAUUUAUUUUCAAAUAUAUCAGAUUGAAUUUUGAGUUUUUAAGCAGUGUUGAUUUCACAGUGUCUUGGGUUUCAGUUUUGUUUUGUAUUUUUUUAACUGGCAUUAGAUUUAUAUACGUAAAAAAAAACAGAAAAACCCUAGUGCCGUUCAUAUUGACGUCAGGAAAUGUAGAUACAGUUCCCUGGUGUUCAUGUGACCAUUACUAACUGUCAAUUUUUUAACUGAAUAAAUGUAACUCAUUUAAAAUUUUGCUUUCUGUAGCUUCUAAGGUUCUAGAAGUUUUUUUCUGAGUUGCUUGAUGUCAGUUUUAUCCAAGUUUCACAGUGAAGCGCUCUUACCCUUCCCACGACUGUACCAAAGGCACUCUCUCUCUCCCCCACCCACAGAACUGACUUGUGAGAAGUUGCUUGAUGUCACUUUUAUCUUCUCUCCCCUACCCAGACAAAUGACUUGUGAGAUUUCAGUAAAAAUGCAUACUGUAUUUUUUCCUUGUCUUCUCUCUGUAUCUCUUUAUAAACUGAUGCCCCACUCUAAA